GUUGUCGAUAAUCACGAUUCAGUCAUUUUAAGUUGCAAAUUCAAGUUGAGAGCAGCGAUUGAAAAGUGCUGUUUCAACAGAUAACGUUUUAAUAUUUAAGAGGUUAGACGUUGAACAUGGCUAAGAUAGCUUUAAUUUUGUUGCACGUUUUGCUCGCCUCGAGUGCAGUGUUAUCGACGAGGGUUACUGUGGGUGGUAAAGAUUUUACGCAUAUAGGGCGAUUUACGUCGCGGAGAAGUAUUCAGGAGAUUGACGAAUUUGAUUACUUCAUUAGUGUCGUUCCUAACACAUGGACAGGUGCAGAUAACGAAUGUCCAUUCUUUUUCGGAGAAAAUGCAACCCUGGUCGCGAUAGAAAGUGUUGAAGAGUGGGACUUUUUGAAAGUGAAAUUGGAAAGCUUCGGUUCGGUUUAUUGGACAGGCGGAAUGUAUUUCCCACAAAGCCGUGUAUGGGGAUGGUCAGCUAAUAAUCAACCUUUUCCACCAUUCGCUCCAUGGGAUCAAGGGCAUCCAACAGCUAAUCCAACUCCGUUGCAUCGUGUAAGCAUUGCACAUUGGAGUAGACAUUUGGCUUUUUGGAGAUCGGCGCCUUACACUGAACUAUAUCCCUACAUUUGUGAGAUACAACGUCAAACGCGAGCAGUAGAUUGCUACAAUGAAAACGAUUUAAUCAUCGUUCUUGACUCAUCUGGAAGCAUUGGUUCGGGGAAUUAUUUAACGACGUUGAGCUUUGUUGAGAGACUAGCAUCCGCGUUCACUGUAUACGACCCCAGUAGACUCGCGUUCAUAAUUUUCAGUGACGCCGCUCAAUUACAAAUCCAUUUGACCAAUUCAUAUUCGCGUGAAUUCAUCAGCAGAACUAUUCUCGACACACCAUAUUUGGGCAGUGGGACCGCUACUUGGCUAGGCAUCGACUUAGCAAUUGCACAAUUCGAAUCAUCGCCUCGGGAUGUUCCAUUAAAUAUGGUAGUUUUGACCGACGGUAUGUCCAACGAUGAGGCUUUGACGAUUGCAGCUGCCCAGAGAGCCAGUGCACGAGCUAUUCGAAUGUUUUCCGUUGGAAUUACAGACGCAACCAAUCCGGCAGAAUUACUCGUUCUUGCAGGAGGUGUUAGGGAACGAGUAUUUUCUACCGAAACGUUCGAUGAAUUAAUUUAUUUGCUAGCUCCAGUUAGUCUUACAGUAUGUUCGGAAAAUUAAAGCCAAAAAUUCGAUUAGUU